AACACAAGCAGGGGGAGUGGGAGAGGAAGAAGCAGGCUCCCAGCAGAGAAGCCCAAUGUGGGGCUCUAUCCCAGAACGCUGGGAUCAUGCCCUGAGCCAAAGGCAGACGCUUAACGACUGCGCCACCCAGGCACCCCUGAGACAACCUCUCUUACUAACAUUUACUAUUCAGCCCCUGAGUUGUGGAGGAAGGCUGUGGCGUUCAGCCUUGGCCCGCACGGCCAGGCCAAGAGCAUCCCUGGAGUGGAGGGUGUUGGAAACCUAGCUAUCUGGAACAGCAUUUCUCAGGCGUGGGCCUGGGCCCACUGCCCCAGGUGCGCCGGGGUACAUACAAAAAUCAGGCUCCAGAAACUUACUCAGACUUCCUCGAUUUGAAUCUCAGAUGGGUGGAGCCUGGGGAUCUGCAUUUUAACAUAUCUCAGCUAUUCCUGGGGUCUAAGGUGAAAGCCACCGCUCUAGAUCCUUGGAGGAUGGGCUCAGAGCCAGGGUUGGGGGUUGGGCAGGGGACUAUGAGUGUCACAGUUAUGGAGGUAGAGAGUGGCAGAGCCAUUAUGGGAGCAGAGAGGUCCGGAUGGGGGACAGACAGGUGUUGAUGUCCUUGACAGUUCUGUGUGACACUCUGUUCGGUUCUUACUUAGGGCCUGUGUGCAGGUGUGUCAAGGCUUGGGAUAGCCACCAUGGUUUGGGGUUACGGCUAGUCUCUGAAUUAGCAUUUGGGUCUGUUUACAUGAGUUUGAUCAAAAUGUGUGGUCUGCGUAUGUCAGCCUAUACUCUUAUGUACGUGUGUCAACUGUCCAUGUGUCAGCCCGUCUGCUUAUGUGUUCGCGCCUUUAUAUCCAUGUUUUGAGUCAUUUAUCCACCCUGGUGUGUGUGUGUGUGUGUAUGUGUAUCCCUGAGCAGGCCUGGGUACCUCUGGACCAUAAUCCAACCUCCCUGGGGGCUCUGGACGGUCAGGGUUUGGAGGAAGCUUGCUAGGAGCCUGGUGGGGAUGGGGCGGAUGAUGCUGGGGUGGGGCCAGGGUGGGGGUGGGCAGGAGUGUGUGCUAAGGGCCUGGCACUGCCAUUUCCCUGGGCGGGCGAGUCUCAACAGCAGGCAGACAGGUGAGGCUGACCUGACAAGUUCUAGAGGCCAGGGGCAAUGGGGCGGAGCAUGGCUCUGACUUAGGGUGGCAAAAGGUUGGGGGCCCUGGCACAUCUAGGGCGGGCAGGCAGGCAGUGGUUCGAUUGGUGUCUCUCUCCUGCUGCAGCCAGCCCCAGCGUGCAGCCCAUGGAGCCUGCUGGAGGGUGAGGGCAGCCAGGUGGGCAGGCAUGUUCGGAAGCCUAGGGCCUGGGGACUUGGGAGCCCAGGGCAUGGCGGGACCCCUGCGGGGCCGGGUGGAGGAACUGAAGCGGCCAUGGUGGCGGGAGGCCUCCCCACUCGUGCUCCAGCACAGUGAGGCUGCCCGGCUGGCCGCCGACGCCCUCCUGGAGCGGGGCGAAGCUGCCUACCUGCGGGUCAUCUCCGAGGAGCGGGAGCUGCCCUUCCUGAGCGCUCUGGACGUGGACUACAUGACCAGCCAUGUGCAUGGGGGCCCUGAGCUCAGUGAGACCCAGGGACUGGAAGCCUCAGGGCCUGACCGCCUCAGCCUGCUCUCUGAAGUCACCUCGGGCACUUACUUCCCCAUGGCCUCCGACAUAGACCCCCCGGACCUAGACUUGGGCUGGCCUGAGGUUCCACAGGCCACGGGCUUCAGCCCCACCCAGGCUGUGGUCCACUUUCAGCGGGACAAGGCCAAGAACAUCAAGGACCUUCUGCGUUUUCUCUUCAGCCAGGCUCGCACGGUGGUGGCUGUGGUGAUGGAUGUGUUCACUGACAUGGAGCUUCUGUGUGACCUCAUGGAGGCCUCGAGCCGGCGUGGUGUCCCCGUCUACCUGCUUCUGGCUCAGGAGCACCUCAGGCACUUCCUGGAGAUGUGCUACAAGAUGGACCUCAAUGGGGGGCACCUGCCGAAUAUGCGUGUGCGGAGCACGUGUGGGGACACAUACUGCAGCAAGGCAGGCCGCCGCUUCACGGGGCAGGCCCUGGAGAAGUUUGUCGUCAUUGACUGCGAGCAGGUGGUGGCGGGCAGCUACAGCUUCACCUGGCUUUGCAGCCAGGCCCACACUAGCAUGGUGUUGCAGCUGAGGGGCCGCAUCGUGGAAGACUUUGACCGGGAGUUCCGCUGUCUGUAUGCUGAGUCUCGGCCUGUGGAGGGCUUCUGCGGUGGCGAGGAUCCCGUAUCUCCCAGGGCACUGUGUCCUCCCCCAGCAGCCGUGGGCUUUGGGCGUGGUGUGCCAAGCCCCUUAUCCUCCUCACCCUCCAGCACCAGCCUCAGCAGCGUCAAACGCUCACCUCUAAUGGGCCAUUCCUCUUACCUCGCUCCACCGGGAGAUGGUGGCUGCAGUGACAUGGGUAUGGGGUCCUCAUCCCUGGGCCCUGCCCGCCGCGAGGCCAGUGGCCAGCCCUCUCUGCAACGCCAGCUGUCAGACCCGAACCAUGGCUCCCUGCUAGGGCCCUACAGGUCCAAUCUAGGCAAGCUGGGGGUGUCCCCAUGGUCCCAGUCUUCUCCUGCCCUCAACCACAAUGGUGCCAGCCCCUUGACCCUAGCAGUGGGAUCACCUUUGCUUGCUCGCCAACGCCCCCUGCUCCCCUUCCCCCAGGGUGCUGUAGCCCUGUCCCGGCUCCCAGAGAAUGGGCUCCUGGGAAGCCAGGAGUGUAGACCCCAACGAGGUCGCUGGGUACCUGGCCCAGCCCUGGAGACAGUGGAGGAGAAGAAGGUGUCUCUGAGUCAGAGCCAGAGCCAGUUGGAUCUCCUCGUCCCCUUCCCCAGAGCCAGAGAAACUGGAGGCCCUGAUUCUGGGAUUAACCCCAACUCAGGCUCCCUCUGGCCUGGAGAGCAGGCCCCAGAGGACAGGAAGUUGUCUCCAAACCAGAGAUACAACCAGCUGGAUCUCCUGCCCCAGACCCAGGGUGCUGGGGGUACCCCUGAGUCGGGUUCCCCCAGACCUGGCAAUCGAAUCCCAGAGGACAAGAGACUGUCCUCAAACUACAGCCACAGCCAACUGGACCUCCUGGUACAGUCCCCCAAGACUGGGGGCCCCGGAGUGCCCCCUGAAGCCAGCUCCUCAGCCAGGGCUGGCAAGCAGGGUCAAGAUGAGCGACAACGGACCCUGGGCCACAGCCAGCUGGACCUCAUCACAAAGUUUGGCCCAUUCCGGGGCGAGGGUCCUGGGCCCAAUGGUCUCCCCAGACCAAGCCCUGCUCGAAAGGCUGGAGUGGGCUCUGGGGAUGAGAAGAGGCUGACCCUGGGCCACAGCAAGCUAGACCUCAUCACCAAGUAUCAUCAGUUGCAGGGCGCCAGGCAAGGAUCUGAGCCUGGCCUCCCUGGAGUCCCCACAGGUGGACAUCACAAUGGCAGUAACAAUGGCCUGUUUGGGGAUGAGAAGCGGCUGACCCUGGGCCACAGCAAACUGGACCUCAUCACUAAGUACAACAAGUCCAAGUUCAAGCUGCUCCGAAGCCGCUUUGAGUCCUAGUCCUGCUCCCAGCAGGGAUAUGUCCCUCUACCAUCUACUUAGACUCUAGAUUUACCAAGGUUCCAGACUCUGGGGUGCUCCACCAGGGGCUGCAUGGGGAGCAGAGGGUGUCUAGAAGCCCAGGUUAGACACUCACUGGGCUCAGGAUUGUUUAUGCACACACACACACACGCACACACCCAGAAAUGGAACCCACGGUACCUGCCAUUUGCUACUGUGCUGGGCACUUCACACCGGUUAAUUCUCAUCCUUCAUCCUCACAAUAUCCUACAAGAUAGACCUCUAGGAGGUAUACAUUUCUAAGGUCAUAGGUAUUAUCUUCUCUAUUUUAUAAAUAUGGAAGCUGAGGCCCAGAGAGUUUGAUGGCUUGCUUGGAGUCAGAUCCAAGUCAAUGGCAGAGCCAGAGCCCAAACACAAUCUCUGAAUCAAGAUUGUGUUUUUGCACAUGGCACACUAUUAUCAACUGUUCACAUGUCCAUGCACACAAAAUACACACAUCACAGAGAAGCCCCAAAUGCCUACACAAUACACUGACAGGGUUCACAUCCAUGAACUACACACCCAUGAUGCACAGUAAGUACACAAAGGUCCAUGUGAUAAACCCAAAUACUCAAAAUUCUAGUUACAGGUACUCAAUAAAUGUUAUAUGGCUAAAUGAAUGGCUACACAAAAUCCAUGCGUUCAGUGCACACAGUAGACCCCUCAGGAUCCACAGGUGAUAAAUAUGCACAUAACCACACGCACACACACACACACACAAAGAGGCAUGCACACCAACCAGUAUCUUCUUUGACCUAAGUGUGUACCUGGCCCUGUACUGAGCAGACCACAGGGCUGACAAGUGAAUCAGACUCAGUUACUGGGAGACAAGGAUUAAAUGCAUAAACCAUUGGCGGGCAAGACAGAGCUGUAUCUAACUAAAGGCUAACCAGUGACAGAAUGGUGGAGAAGGAAGGGCAGAGAGUGGUGGUGAUGGUGGAGUGGUGAGCAGUUUCAAAGGAGGCAGCCUUUGAGCCAGGUCUUGAAGGAUGGGGAGGAUUGGAUGGAUGGAGAAGAGGAAUUCCUGGCAGAAGGAAGCAGAUGAAGAGAGGUCUGGGGAGGACUGGAGGGGUGGGUCUGAGAUGAGCUGGGGAGGAUGUAGAGGGCAUGGAUACUCAGACUCUGACACACGCACAUGCUCACACAUCAUUUUGCUGAGUGUCCCUAGAAGUACAGGCUCUGACAGGUUGUACAUCCUUUUCCUGAGCUUACUACCUGCCUGGGACAGUUUACACAAUACAAAUCAAUAAAGGCAGACAUGCUAUGGCCCAGCAACAGCCUGGCGUAUUCUGAGAAAGGCGGGGUUAUGGAACUGCAUGUUGAGGGCUGGGAAAGGGCACCAUUCAGUCCAACUAUGGAGGGGUCCCUGAGGGAGUGUGGGUGGCUGCAGAAGGGCUGGGGGUGUUGGGGGAGGGGAGGACAGAGGCUCCAGGCCCCCUCUACUUUCAUUGUGACAUUCUUAGAGGCCCUGGGGCUUUUGUGGAGUCUACAAAAUGUAGAUUAAGUUCCUCUGAUCCAUGAGAGCUAGUCCCUUGACUGCCACCAUCUAUCUCGGGGGCAGAAAGUGGCUGCUGACUGAGUGAUCAAGCACAUGCAAGGCGCACACAGCGGCAGCCAGUCAGGACCCACACCGUUGCCCAUUUACCCUCCCCUCUCUCCAGUACCUUCUUCAGCCUGGUUUCUUCUACUUCGCUGACCAUGCCUCCUUCCCCAGCCUUUGUCCUGAUCUCAUUUCUCCCCACUGGACGGCUCCAUGGGUGACCUCAUCCACCCCAGGCUUCAGCCCCAAAUCUCAGUCCUUCACUCUCCCCUGGGCUACAGAUCUGGCCUGGACGUCUGUCUCGCACCUCAAGCUCGGCCCGUCACCUUCCUCACACCUGCUCUUCCUUCUUAGGCUUUACUUCAGUAAGCAUCUCCAUCAUCAUCAGUUCAUCGUGUCUCUGCAAGACAGCCCUGGUUUCUCCUCUCUUAUGCCUCGCAUCCCACCAGCCAGAGGUCUCGGUCAAUUUUAUCUCCUAAAAAGCUCCUGGAUGAAUGAAUGAAUGAAUGAAUGAAUGAAUGAAUGAAUGAAUGAAUGAAUGAAU